CAGACAUUGACAUUUGACAAUGGCAGUUCAACGGAAUAUUGUUAUUUGUGAAUAAUUUUCCAUUUUCCGUUAACUUUUCUGAAAUGCGACAUUACAAUUUACAAUAUAAUCUUGCAAAUAUAAGAUUUUUUUAUAUACAACGUACAUGAAUAUUAUUUUUCUGUUAUAAUAUUGGGGUUUAUUCGUUAUCUUAAACUCUUUGUUGUGAAUACAUUACCUAAAACAAACAAGUCACUUGUUUAUGUCAUUGGUUUUAAUAUUAAAUCCAAUAUUAAGUAUACAGACCUUCUUAUUAUCGGCUAUAACGUUUAAAAACCUUAUAUUAUUACGUAUACGUCUUCGAACGAAAAAUGUUUAAAAAACCAACUUCAGGCAAGCGAACCAAUCUAUCUCAGUUUGGUCUCUUAGAUAUACCAGAUGUGGAUGAUGCAGAUGAACCAAUGGAUCUAUCAGAUGAUGAUGUAGAUCUUGAAGCAGAAUUGGCAGCUAUCAGCGGUGGUAAAAAACCCCGACCCAGAAAACCUGCUCCUACAGCUCCUGCUGACCUAGAUGCUAUGAUAGCAGCUAGUUUGAAAGACAUCCCUUCUGAUGAAGAUGUUUCAGGUGACGAAGAUGACCCAGACCUACUCAAUGAAUUGCAAGAACUAGCUAUAGAUGAUGAAGAAACUCCUGUGGAGCAUCCACGCACUAUUCGCCCUGCACCUCCACCGCCUUCCGGCAGUGAGAACAGCACAGUAACACUGCUACAAGAAAGACUAUCUAACUAUACACUAGCUGAAAAAACGGCCAAGGCAAAUGGGGAAAGCAGCCGAGCUAGAAGAUUCAAUCGAGGUAUCAAAACUCUGAACGAUCUUCUGAAGCAGGCAAAGGCCGGAAGAGCUAUCAAGGACGAGGAUAUACCUCCUCCCGUCAGCAUCGGCAAGUCCUCGGACUCUCAACCAGCACCCAGCGCGCCAGCCCCCGCGAGUGACCCCGACCCCGCGCCGCUGCCCCCCCCGCGCUCGUCGUCCGCGCGGCCCGCGCCCCCCGCGCCGCCCGCGCCCUCCGGGCGCGCCCCCUCGCCGCCCGAGCCCAGGGAGCCGCCGCCGCCCCCACCCGUGCUCGAUGAGAUGGAUCCCGCGAAAUCUGAAGGGUUACAAUUCAUUUUGAAGCGGCAGGAAGAAUUCAAAGCUGCCGCGCUGGCAAGUAAACACGCUGGCGAGAAAACGAUGGCGUUAGAAUACUUGAAGGUGGUGAAACAGUUCGACAUCGUGAUCGAGGCAUACAAGUCCGGUCAAGAUAUGGAUCUAAACGAACUGCCCACACCGGAGACCAUCGCCUCAGCGUUCAGAGACCAGCAGAAGGAAGAGGACCAGACUCAACAUUCUGCGGAACCAGCACCAGAGCCAGUCCCUGAACCAGCUGGAUUGAUAACGGCUUCCACUGUUGAUGAGGCUCUGCGACAGAGGCUUGCAUGUUUCCAGCAACAAGAAUCGAAAGCGAAGGAAGACGGGAACACUUCAAAAGCUCGUCGAAUGGGAAGAAUCGUGAAGCAAUACCAGGACGCUAUCAAACUUCAUAAUGCAGGGAGACCCAUACCCGUGGAUGAACUCCCUACUCCCAAUGGGUACGCACCCAUACCGACGGAGGGGUCUCACGCAUCGCCGAGUAAACCGGCACCGGCAGCUCCGGCUCCAUCGCCAGCUCCGGCAUCAGUGCCGGCGUCUCCGGCCGCCGAGGCUCGUCCGUCUGGGCAGUCGACCCGCUAUCAGAAGCAGCUGGCCCUGUUGCUGCAUCGACAGAAGCAAUUCAAGGAGGCUGCUAUAAUGGCAAAGAAGGAUGGCGACAUAGAGCAGGCGAAGGAGUACUUGCGAACCGCGAAGGGCUUCGACUCCGUCAUAGAGGCCGCUCGCGGAGGCCUCGCCGUGGACUUCAAGUCGCUGCCCUUGCCGCCCACCGACAAGAAACGGAUCGAGGACACCUUCGACGUGAUAUCAAACGAAGAUUGCGGUCCACCAGACGACUCUGCCAUCAGCUUCGACGAUGAAGAUGUAAUGACUCGCCUCCACCAGCAGCUAACGAGCCAGCUAAAGCUCUGCCUGACCAACAGAGACCACUACAAGGCGAUGGGAAAUAUCGCUGAGAGCAAUCGCUUCGAGCAUCUCGCUGUCACUGUCAAACAGGACUUAGACGUCGUGAAAGUGGCCAAGAGCCUAGGUGAAAACCCGCCGAAAUUCCAUUACGAGAACCGUAAGUUUUCGGUAAUACAAUGCAAUACAGACCUUAACGAGAACGAUUUAGAGCUGACAAUCGUGCGCGGGAUAGCGUACAACGUUCCCAACCCUAAAGAGGUGGACACAUAUGUGAAGUUCGAAUUUCCAUAUCCGCAAGAAACUCCAGUAUCGGAUAGGACACAGCUGAUCAAGGACACAAACAGCCCGCAGUACUCAGCUGUCUUCAAUUUGGCCAUACAGCGGAGUGCGAGGUCCUGCUUGAGGGUGUUCAAGCGACAUGGCAUUAAAUUUGAAGUUUACUCCAGGGGGUGUUGCAGCUCUAGCUCGUUGUGUUGCAGCGGAUGGUUCAGCAAAGACACGCUGCUGGGGACCGUCACCGUCAAGUUGGCACCGCUGGAGACGCAGGUCACCAUUCACGAGGCGUUCCCACUGAUGGACGGGCGGCGCGCGGCGGGCGGCGCGCUGGAGCUGCGCCUGCGCGUGCGCGCGCCGCUGCUGCAGCAGCUCGUGCUGCACUCCGCCCACCGCUGGCUCGUCGUCGACGCCUGAGCCUCGCCGCCGCUGUCCUA